AUCCUAUGUGCCCGUACACGAGCGGCAGAGCCCCAAGUAUUUCCCGGGGAACGCUGAGGAGACUCCCCCGACCACCUUCGGAGUUGUGAAAAGUCUUCAAGCGAAGCUCAAAGCUUGGUGCACUUAUCCCCGCCGAAGCUAACCCCCUCUGUUUUAUUUCAUCUUAUUUUCAUCCCCAAUCCUUCCGAACCCUCCCAAAUAAUAGCCCGUGGAUGGCGUGGUUGUUGUUGGUGGUGGUGGUGAAUCUAUCAUACUGUACUCGAUGGCACUCCUGCAGCGGUGGAGAAGCGGGGACAUUCCGCCCCUAGCAGGACUUCAACCCGGGUUUAUGUGAUUGCGUCAAAGAAUGCGGCCAAUCCCUGGUCCGAACUGGCCCGUUGGUCGGGUGUACCGGUAUGUUAUUUUUUAUUUUAUUUUUUCAUCUAUACAAAUCUAUACGAUACUUGUACCGCACUGUACAGUACUCUAGUCUACCUUAUGGCUGGGUAUAAAAAGUGCUAUAUUCUGCCAUGUUCCAUGAAACAACUCACACAUUGUCCGGCAUUUCUGCCAUACACUCUGAUAAAGCACCGGCAUAACCAUCAGGUCAUCCGGCACAUCUCUGCCGAAGAGAACUUUUCCGAGCCGAGUGCUCCCACACAAUCGUACCCCACUCAUGCCUUCGGGAUAUACGUCAGCCAAGUAGGGUAACCUCUCGGGGUCCCCGUGUCCAUAUUCCCGCUCGGCGAAAGCGAGAUUCCCGCCCCCCUCGCUUGCUGCGCUUUUGAUGUCGGGAUUCCUUCAAAGAAUGCGAGCAGUGCUGUGGCAUCGGGCUGCCCACGAUGGAUCCAACGAUUUCUCAUGUUCACAAAGCGGUAUACUUGGGCUACUAUUGGGCAAUUGAUGUGGUAUGAAUGAAUGAAGUGGAGUUUGUGCCCAGGCCUUUUCCCCGCAUAACAAUCAGUGUUUCUCGCAUAAGGAACCAGUCGUCAUCCCUCUCCCCAAGUUUCACGCAGCGCUUAACCUAUUAUCGACUAGCGUAGUCCAACAUCCAGGGUUGUUUUCGGUCGCAAACACAGUGGGCCCUUGGUUUUCCUAGGCUGGCACUGCAGCCAGAGAGACUGCUGCUCCUGCACGAGCCCAUCCCAUCCUUCCCACCCCUCCUCCCUCCUUCACCCCCCCCAAAGCAAACAACAAGCACUACCGUACCGUACCCUAUCCUGCCCGCCGUGCUUUCCCUCUCUCCACCUAAAAUUCCGUCCGUCAUCAACAGGGCGUGACAGGAGUCUUGGUUAGAGCAGCGGUACCUACGGUACAGGGUCCCUACUCGUCCAGAUCGCCCGUGGCGCCGUUACUCGGCCGUCAUUGCGGAUCUGAAUAGCUUUAUUGGCUUGCAGCGGUGUUGGGCGUUGAGUCGUAUGCAGGACUUGGUGAAAGCAGAAGCAGCAGCAGCAGCGACGCCGAGAGGGGGGGAUAGGGAAGGAAAAUAAAAUAAAGGGAAGCAAGAAUAGGGAGUCGAGGCUCAAGAGAAAGAAAAACAAAAAACAAAAAGAAACAGAAACAGAAAAACAAAAAAAAAAAACCCCCCCAAGCAAGCAUAGGAAGGGAGGUAGAGAAGGAAGCAAAGAAUAGGGAUAAAAAAUAAAUAAAAAAAUAAAAACCAUCUCCAAAGAGAUCGGGAAGUGAGAGAAGGAAAGGGAAAGGGGAAAAAAAAACCCCCCACAAAUCUCGACUGCCGGAGUAUUUUUUUAUUUCUUAUUUUUUACUUCUCCAGCCUAUUUUAUCGCUUUUUUAUUAUUUUUAUUAUUUUAUUCUCUCCAUUCCCGUUCACACGCAUUGGUGUGCGCUCUGCUCAAUUCUCAUUCAUUCGCACCCCCCCCUCCCCCGGUAUCCUUAUUCUGCCCCUCCUGUUCAAUUACUGCAACGAGCACCCGUCGUCCGAUCAUCCAUCAGAGAAAUUUGUGGGCAGUAUCCGUGCCUUUGCGUGGAAGUCUAAACGGCACACCACAUCAGCUGAACAACCAUCCCCCCCCCCCCAACGAAAGAUCCCGAUCCCUUCGUUCUACAUAUCUUUUUUUUGCGGGGAGGGGAGGUGACCUGACCUAACCUACUGUCUGCGGCUUCGAUCUUCUACACUGCUGCUCUUCUGCUGUUACUACCGCAUCUGGCUGGCCCUUGGUUGGCUGUGCGCAGUGUCACCAAUCCCACCGUCAUCGCUCACCUUUUCUCUCAUCCCCUUGCCCGUGCCUGGAUCCUUAGAAUUCCCCAAGCUAGGCUGUCGGAUAGACUGGUAACAUAUCUACAGACGGACGGCCGGGGAAAAAAAUAAAGACGAAAAAAAUAGAAUAAAAACACCUAUUGGCGGUGUUUGGAGCAUUGGAGGCUAGCGUAUGUGUGGGAGAGAAAGGCAGGAAAGACGGGCAGACAGUGUCACUCGGCUCACUUCAACGGAAAUUCAAUUCUCAACUGACGGGCACUCGCCGCAACACUAAGGCGUGCGAGAUACAAUUGAAUUAUCAUUUACGAAGCCUCGACAGUGCAGCUGCCCCACGGAUACAGCGUCUUCACGAUAACCACUUCUUAUAAGCCACAGAUCUCUCGACUCCUCCCAUCUUCCAUCCAACAACAUCUACUCGUUCACCCACCAUCUCAUUGUCUCCGUGACACUUUCAUAGCUCCCGUCGAUCACAAUCCCUUAGAGCAAACGCAGCAUUCGACCAACCAUUUCUCUUGAUUGCCAGUAGCGACCCUAACGACCCCUCUACCACGUCAAAAACAUCCCUCUUUUUCAACCUACACUCUUUACCCCAAAAGUCUGUCGCCAUGAGAAUUAACAGUCUUCUCAAUGAGGGCCCAUCCUCAGACCCCCACACCGUGAAUCUGGGAAAUACAUCCACGUAUAGGGCCGCUCAAUCUAUUCACACGCCCACCGACGUCGGCUUCUCGCUCCACCACAUUUCUCAUGGUACAUCUGGAGUUGAACCUACUUCAUCUCAGUUACCUUUACACUAUUCUCCCCACCAGCAAUCCACUAAUCUUUCUCGGGGCACCAUCUCAUCUCGCAGCUCUUACAGUGGACCUUCGCUGCACUCUUCUACCGCUGCUACCAGCCCCUUGGAAGCACCGAUGCCCCCCAUCUCGGCGACCAACGAUAGGUUAGGGCAUUCCGGUCAGAUACAUGAAACUGCGGAGACAGCUUCCGGGACAGGCUCGUCCUUUCCUGGAAGGACAUUGCCGCCUUUGAUCACCAUGGUUCCCUCUGGUCCUCCCGGUUCGGUUGUGUGUGAUGGUCCACUAUCCCCACACUCCACUGGCCAUUAUCCCCAUCAAACGGGAACAGAAAUAGGUUAUUUUUCAUCAUCUCGUGGAUUUUAUCAAGGUCAAUCUCCACAACAGUCACAGCAAUACCCCCAACCUUUUUUCCCGCAGCAACCGCACGAGCAUGUUCGUAGUAAUGCAUUAAUGAAUUUUGCGGUGGUCGCUACGGAGACUGCCACGCCUGUUGGACGCAAAAACUUUGAAAUGGGGGCCGCUGCUGAGGCCGGCCGCAGACAGAGUGGGGGGCCUUUUGUGGAAGACUCAAUUAGGCGUAAUUCUGCCCCUACUACAAUUACUUCAAGGGAACAAGCCAAUCGGGCCCCGGCCCCCAGGGCGGAUCGGGAAGAGGGAAUGGUGUCCAGCAACAAACCGCUCUUUCUGGACCUUGAGUGAGCCUCCCCCUCUAUAUCUGGUGCUUUUAUCCGCGCUAACAGUUGCGGAAUCAUUUAGUCCUGCGCUGAGACCCCCCUCUGCUGGCUCUGCAGCCUCGACCGGUAGGACUAUCGAAGAAGAUGACCAAGUUGUUCAUAAUAGUUUUCAGGCAAAUGCGGGGGCCUGCCUCACAGGUCAUAAUGCAAGCAUGAGCCACGAAAACACACCUUUGUUUAGGCCAACACCAGAGCCCCAUACACCAACAUUAGCUGACACCAAUUCUACUGAUAUUGGCCCUUCCGCAACCCCGGGGACCGGACCAUUGAAUGUACCUUCACCAUCACCACAGAGUUUUCUGAACGAAGCACCAAAGUGCUCCUAUUGCAAUGUAUGCACCACAGGGUCCCCACUUCGGAAAGUUGUGUCGCACAUUUUUGGCCGGAACAAACUCUCAACCAGACAAAUUCCCAAAAACGUGUGGGUUUAUUACUGCCGCAAACAUUAUCAACGAUCGCGUUACCGCAACCCGAGAGGGUUCGCAAGGCAGCAAGUUAUAUUGGUGAAGCGUCAGUGCGAACGGCUACAACUUUGGGGAGGUGUCAAGGACUGGGUUAUUAAAGUUCGCAGGCGCGAGGAGCUUCGGAUGAACCGGGAGGUGGGUGAAAAUGGCGAAGACGCCGAUGAGGCUGAAGACGACGAAGAAGGCAUGGCAGACGAGGAUCCGGAGCCUAAUGACGGUGGCCCAACCAGCGGUGAAAACAGUAGGCGUAACAGCGCCACUAUCCCAAGACGUCGAAGCUCGGCUGGAGGUGGAAGUAACUGGAUUAUAAGAUAUACCGGUAUGGAAAAAACUAUUGAUGAUAUUUACUUGCUCCUCGGGAAGAUCGAGCUCGAGGUUCAAGAGAAUGGUGGAAAGUUCCCUGAUGUCGAGCUGCUCCCCAAUGUGGAUCUGAGCAUGGCUGCACCUUUUGUUGAGGCCGAGGGUGGGGGCGACGAAGGGGGGAAUGGAAAUUCCGGUGAUAACGACAAACAGGAGGAUGCGGAAGAUGGCGGAGUUUCCGGGCGCAAGGCUGGGAAGAAGCGUAGACGAUCAGAUGGUGGGAGUGGAAGCUCUGGUGGGGAUGAUGGUGGGGGCACUGGGGGUUCCAAGAAGGCCAAAAACAUCCCACCAAAAAAGGGAGAUCGAAAGGGUAAGAAAGGGCCCUCGCACGCAGAAAUUACCUCAGGCCAGGCCUCCACGGGCGCUGGUGGAAGGUUGGAGAAGGCUGAGUUUUCCGGGCCCUUUGGAAUUCAUUCGUCCUCGGGAGAUGUCGGUGUGCCCAAUGAUCAUAAGAGGACACAGAGUGACUUUUGCAAGAGCAGUAUUACUCUUUCUGAAUACCAUGAGCCGAUGCAUCCCGAACAGGUAGUCACACCACCGCCAAGCACCUCUUCUACCGGACGCUCUACUCCCGAGCUUGACGAUCACCAGUCUGCCCGCCAUGGGAAAGGAAGAAGGGGUAGAGGUUCCGUGGCUCAAGACACCUGUGAAGUUCCUUACAACCUUUCCCCUCGCCGCUCUGCCCGCGUGCUUCCGGUCGCAGUUACCACUCCAAUACCACCUAACCUCGCUCAUUGCAACCCUGGAACCGGAACCCCUUCUCCGAGCAACUUUACUCCAAAAGAACUCGCUGCCAUUGCCGGAGAGCCACUCCACAGAUUUGAUUUAAGACGUCCAGAGGCUUUUUGCCUUGGAGGGAUGUUUUCAGAAUCGAGUAGCGGAAUGGGGCCCGAAAAGAGUAAUAUUUCGCUUAGUUUCGAUGGUGGCUCUAGGAGACCUCGAGUUGGGAAGGGCGGUGAUGAAGUAUUUGAAUGCAUCAGAGUUGCUGCUAACGUCUAAUUGAGGAGUUAUUGGCCAUCAUUACCAAAUAGAUUUAUGUAGCUGCAAAUUUUAGUUUCUUUGUUCCUCCUGUACUUCACGGUUUUUGUUUUAUUUCUCCAUAUCUAAGUCUGUGUCUUUCCUUUGGGGUGGUUUUACGGCAUCUGGGGGAACGUAUUACUGGCGUGAAAUUGGGAAAUUUGGUGUUUGAAUUGGUCUGGUCUUGGAUAGGCAUUUCCUGGGUUAUUUGCAAACGGGGAGUUCCAGCCCCGAUAUUAUGACUGCUUCAACUUACGACUUUCACGUUUUACUCUAACCUUUCACUUCACUACUUCAUGUCCCUUCCAUUUACCCGUGCCCUUUUAUCCCCAAAAAGCAUAUCAUACAAAACUUUUGCUGGCUUACUUACUUUUGGCAUUGAGGAAAGGUGCGUUUAUUUUCAUACAUAUUUAUUAUUAUUGAGGUUUAUAAAAAAUAAAAAUAAAAAAAUAAAGGAAUAAAUUUGGAUCGGGGGGAUAUGGGAAAGCAAGGAGUUGAUAUCUUUUUAUGUUCCUUUACUGAUUCUGUCUGUCUAUUAUAUUCUUACUUAUCCUCAUCUCAUCUCUUGGGGAAACAGGGAUCUUCGGGUUUUCUUCUCUUCGGUUCAUCAUCAUUAGGCUCGGGAGUUAUGAUUUUGAGAUUUGUUUGUUUGAACCGUGGUUUCUAAUGGAUGAGGUGUUGGUCUCAUUUCAAUGGAGAGUAGAUGUAGAGAAUAUACAACAGUGUUCCAGUGGCCCCCUUAUGAGUGUCGCCGGAGCGUGCUGUAUGCUGUCCAUACCUUUUUUUUCUUCUAACUAUCACACUUGUUUGUGGCAAUGCGCAUAUUUCCAUUUAACCCAUGACACUCACCCUUAGCUUCCUCCCGUCCAUUUCUCCCUUCCUCCACCAUCCAUCAAUUCAUUCACCAAUCAAUCAGAUGAAUUUGAAUGCACUUGAGUGGAGGAAAAUUAUGCUCGUGCGCAUAAGGUUCUUGAAAGUCUU